AUGCUUCAUAGGCAUAUUCACUUGCUAUUCCAGAGAUCGAACUUUCUAUCACUGAAUAAGAAUUAUCGACUGAUUGGUUGUAAUUAUCAUAAUUCAUCGCAGUUCUGGUGUGCUUCAAAAGUGGAAGAAGGAAGUUCAUCGGAAGAGAAUGAAAGAGUAGAAGAAGCUGUUGGUUAUGCCUAUAAUACUGUAGAAAAGAAAAAAGGUCUUUAUAAGCCAAAACAUACAUUAGAGGAACAAAUAGCGUAUAUGAAUAGUAAAGUAUAUGCAGAUACGUAUAAAGGAAUGCCAGUUUAUCAUUCCUACAGACGAAAUUUCAAGGGACAAGCUAUUUUUAUGCCAAAGCCUCGGAUGUUUUGUAUUGACAAAGAAGGAAGGUUCAAAGUAAAUCAUGCAUGCCCAAUCUGUCGAGAUGAAUAUUUAUUCUUUGAUUAUCGGAAUCCUGCUUUAAUUCUACAAUUUCUUUUUGACCAGACUGAUCGUAUAUUACCUCUCAAAAAGUUGGGUCUAUGUUUUGAUCAAUAUGCGCAGCUUCGGGCACAAUUGUUAAAAGCAAAGGAGCAUGGUUUCAUUAAGUUCGCUGUACCAUUUCAAAAUUUCAACUAUAAGAAGUGGUACCCAUGGUGGGAUAAAGAGGAUGACCAUGUAUAUGUUCGUCGCGAAGUACCGGUGGAUGAAAUUCAUAAACAGCCUCUGGUAAAUUUCCCAGUUCAUAAUCGUGAUUACAAUAAUGAUUGGGAUCAAUACUGGUUACGGUAUGAUGAAUUUAUACAACGAUCCAAAUAA